AUGGAACCCCCUUCGACCCACUUGCCAGAUGAAACCCACCCCGAAUCGCACGAGCUCCAACCCUUCUCGCCCGCAUACCCGUCGCCGUUAAUACCAGCCGAGCAUUCGACGGGCAGGACCAGAGUCCGCUUCAACAGCUCCGCAAACGCCCAUAUCCCUCCCAUCGAGCACCGUAGCACCUACGGUAGGCUCAGCGAUUCCGACUCUCUUCACCACAACCAAGAGCAGCACGACCGGCACACAGCCGACGCCGAAGAGCUAUGGAAGGCACACUAUGGCGAAUAUGACCUACCAGAAUGGAAGGCACACAACGAGGGCCAUGGCGCGACAGAAAGGUCUUCUUAUGCGCUGCCCUCGAGCGAGACAGACGCCGACGAGAGCUAUGCUGUCACGGGAAACACCAAUGGCGGCGUCUUUUACCAAUUGCUCCAGGCCUACAAGACGCCCGUUGGUGGCUUUACCGACGCGAUGUCGACUCCCAGUACUGACUCGCCCGCGAUACGACCUGAUACUUCAUCAGGCACUGCGACGCCGUCUAAGAAGAAGUGGUACCAGACAGAGAAGGCGGCGCAAUCGCAAGAGACGCUGGCUACCCUCGUUGGCGCUUCGGCCAAGCUGGCCAAUCCCAACAACGACAGGCAGGAUGCCGCCAUGCGUCCACACCAUCACAAGCGUACCAGCAGCGCCGGCCUCCUCGCCAAGGUGUUGAAAGGAAAGGACGAUCACGACGCGAGGAUCAAAGUCCACGUUGCCGACAUCCUCAAGCGCCAACAGUACAUUAUCCGCAUGUGCCGUGCCCUCAUGCUCUUCGGCGCCCCGACUCAUCGUUUGGAGGAAUAUCUCGCCACUACAGCCAAGGUACUUGAGAUCAACAGCCAGUUUCUCUAUAUCCCCGGCUGUAUGAUUAUUUCAUUUGAUGACGCUCUCACGCACACAGCCGAAGUCAAGAUUGUCCGCACUGUUCAGGGCGUUAACCUCGGCAAGCUCAAGGACACGCACGAGAUAUACAAAGAGGUCUUGCACGACGUCAUUAGCCUGGACGAAGCACUCUCUCGACUGGACACGGUCAUAAAUGCCAAGGACUGCCACCCGUUAUGGCUGACGGUCAUCAUGUAUGGCCUUGCCUCUGCAGCCGUCUCCGUCUUCUUCAAGGCUCGCUGGAUCGACAUGCCCAUCAUCCUUGCCCUUGGAUGCGUCCUUGGUGUACUUCAGUUGGUCAUUGCGCCUCUGUCCAAGACGUACAGCACUGUCUUUGAAAUCACUGCAACUAUUUUGAUGAGCUUCCUUGCGCGUGCCUUUGGAAGUAUUAACAAUGGCACCAUCUUCUGCUUCUCCGCCAUAGCACAAAGCGCCAUCGCCAUGAUACUCCCUGGAUGGCUCGUCCUAAGCGCUGCCCUCGAGCUCCAAUCCCGCGCCAUCGUACCAGGCUCUGUUCGACUCGUCUUCGCCAUCAUCUACUCCCUUUUCCUUGGUUAUGGCAUCACUGUCGGCACUGCCAUCUAUGGAGCCAUCGACUCAAAUGCCACAAACGCAACGCAGUGCCAAAACCCAUUGAACCCAUACUGGAACUUUCUUUUUGUUCCCCUAUAUGUCUUCUUUACAACCUUCACUGUACAGGCCAAGUACAAACAAAUGCCGGUCAUGAUCAUCAUUGCAUUCGCAGGCUACGUGGUCAACUUUUACGCCAAUAAGAAAUUCUCUUCCAGUGCGCCCAUCGCGUAUACAUUCGGAGCUUUUACCAUCGGCGUCCUUGCCAAUCUAUAUAGCCGACUGCGUCACGGAGUUGCAGCCGCCGUACUCUUACCGGCCGUAUAUGUUCAAGUUCCCGGUAGUCUAGCCUCCAGUGGAAGCAUCAACUCUGCACUUCAUACGGCAUCCGCCUUAAUCAAAGGCUCCAAUGCCACGGCAGAUACUACUACCGAUAGUCUCAACGCCAUCGUCUUCAACGUCGCGGCUUCCAUGAUCCAGAUCGCCAUCGGUAUAACCGUUGGUCUCUUCAUGGCAGCUUUACUCGUCUACCCCAUGGGAAAACGCCGUAGCGGUCUGUGGACGCUAUAG